AGGCUGUCCAGGGCCACGUUCAGUCAGGUGUUGAAUAUACCUAUGGCUGGAGACUCUGCAGUUUCUCUGGGCAACCACUUUUUUAGAAUUGAAAUCAUGAUGAUAUAGAAGAAGGCUGAUUAGCAUGCGUUGGGAUGGCUGGAUUAAGUGGAAGUUGUUGAAGCUGGCAGUGUAUGGGACUGCUAGCCAUGGACAUAGUCCCUGGCCUACAGACUCAUCCUUCAAGUGGGCGUGUGCAGACACUGCCACUGCAUUUGCCCGUUCUGGAGCAGAAUGUGAGUUGUAACCUGUGUGUCAUCCGUGUCACAUCUAGCUUGGGCUUUGUGUCUCACAAAGUAUUUUCUGAAACCCCAUACGCAUGUGCUGAUGGUUUGUCUUACUCCCCAGUGCGAUCAGAGAAGAGUUGUUUUUUUUAAUUUGUAAUACAAAAUUGGUGUGGCAGUAAUGAAACUCUUAGCACAGAUGUUGUGCCAGUAGGGAGAUUAGGUUACUUACAUGUUUCAGUAACUUAAGAGUUGCUAAUUAAGAAGAUGAAGCUAGUUUAAAGAAAAGAUAUUAAACGUACUUCUAAUCAGUACACUUAAAAUAGUAUUGAUGAUGAUUUUUUCUUAUGCACAUAUAAGUUGUUUUUACCUAGUAUAGUUUUUUACUGAGUAUGUUUUUGUGAUAGCUGAGUGACUGUUUUUAUAACAGCUAAUGAGGAAAGGCCCUGUGCUGGGGAAACGUUUUCCCAGUUGCGUUUUGUGAGGCUGAUGAAGGCUGCUUGCUGUGCAUCUCUGGAGCUGCCUCUUCUUUCAUUGUGCAUAUGAACUUUGCCUGAUGCUGAGGAAGUCAGUUCUCCCUAGAUUGAGAUGAUACUGAGAAACAGAAGUUGAAGAAACCCAAUUUCAUGAGAUUUAAAAUACAUACUAAAAAAACAAACAAACAAAAACCUCCCUCCCUCCCACAAAACCAGAACAAGGUAAUUAUAAUCAAAAUGCUGGCAGUUAGAAAGCAGUAGAAUAUCAGUCAGGAAAUCAUAGAAUAUUUGGGUUGGAAGGGACCUUAAAGCCCUCCUGCCCCAACCCUUGCCCCGGGCUGGCUGCCCCCAGCCACAGCAGGCUGCCCUCGGCCCCGUCCCGCCUGCCCUUUAGCACACACAGUACUAAAACAAGGCUUAAGUUAAUGAACUCAGAUAGCUUUGUGUUAUUUCUGAUGCGUGAGCUUAUCAUUUAAAUAUGUAUUUGUAGGUUUGUGUGGCUUUAUUUAGUAAAUUUUCUAAGGCACUUGAUAUAGAAAUGCAUUCAGUUGAGGACGCUUGUUAAGAAAUCAUUUUUACCAGCUGCAUGGUUGCUCUGAUGGCUUCACUGAGAACUAAGAUAAGUAACAAAGUGAUCUGUCAGAGUUCGUAGUGCCCUGCAGCCCCUCUGCUGCAGUACACAUCCUUGUAGCACAGCAGCAUGCUGCGCUCCCGCGCUGGGCUGUACCUGAGCAGAAGGAGUGAUGCAUUGCUGUCUGCUACUGCAGCCAUGGCACGUCUUUAGAGAGAGACUUCUGCGAAGUUUGGGCAUUGUUCAGAUCUGAUGAGCAUAAGCUGGGCAGCUGAGUUCUUAAACUUGUGUAUUCCAGUGCAGGUAGAAACUCUCUGUAAGAACUUUUCAGGAACAGCCACAAAUUUUUAUUUUAUUAAUUCACUCUGUUUAGGGUAAUAGAAACUCUGUGUUCUUGUUCUCUCUUCCAAGCUUGGGUUCUAAUUGGAAGUUGCAUGCUCAACCAUGCCAGGUGUUUCAAUCAGCUAGAUUAGGGACUGAGUAAGCCAGCACUGUGCUGGAUUUGAAUGGGGUAUUGUAUUAGAGCCUGAAUUAUUUUUGUUUCUGUCUUUCACCUCUAAGCAAAGGUAGCUGCACCUUGUAUGUUUCUCCUUGUAUCUUUCUACCUCUCCAGCAAGUUUCAGUGUAACAGAAACACAAACCUUGUUUGUGCUGGUUGUUUCCUCCAUGCCUCUUCCUGGAGCCCUGAUAUCAGUGCAGACAUCUCUCAAUUCUCUGAGAUAAGCAGAUACUUCUUUAAAAGGAGUCCUGGUUAUCUGUAAAUACUGUAAUGAGUGUUAGGUAGAGAUGGGUGCUCUAUGUGCUCCUCUCCAGGAAAAGAACAAAAGACAUCACAGACCAUUUCUGGCACCCGCCUUCUGGCUCACAGUGAGGUUGUAUUGCGAAGUGUGAACUCCUGCUAGGAAUUGUUUUUUGAUGUACAAAGAGAAGAAAGAACAGAGACUGGGUUGGUGUACGCUGCGUAUUUGGGAUUCGAGAGGCUGGAAGGUUUGGGCUGCAGCUGCUGUGCUUGAACUGUCUGGUCCUGUAGCACCUGUGCGAUCAGGCAUGGGGAUCCAAAAAGGGAAGAAGCAGCUGUGCACUGUGUGCAGUGUGUAUACAGUAGGCUAUGACUUGAUCAUGUUAAGAGUUUCCACAGGAAAUCUGAUGAUUUGUGCAUCGCAUGCAUGAUAAUAUAUUGAACAUAUUGCUGAUUUUGUUACUGCGUGUGUUCUGUGACUUAUCUGUAUCUAUUGAGUUUAACCUUUACAUGUCUCUUGGGAGGGUGGCGGUGUUUUUUUGAUGCUGAUGUUCAUUCUACUUUUUGUGGUGGGAUAGUUAAGCUUUGGUGUUCACUCAUAACCCCUGCAUAUGUAGGGACUGUUACAUUUAGGUGGAUGUUAAUUGCUCUUUAAGUCCAUAUACUCAUACAGACACACAAAGUGCUAGUGGAACUCUAGAACAUUCAGGUAAAGAAUUUCUGUGCACUUGAAUUCUUCUGAUAAAAGGCAGUGCAUCGGUGAGAGGUAGCAAGGCUCAAUAAAUACAUGAUGCCAUUACCUGGUGAACUGUUGCCAAGAAUAUGGGCCUGCUGAUUACUGGAUGUUAAUGCAAACUUAUAUAGGGGCUUUGAUUAUUUUUUUUUUUUUUUUGUGAAAAAUGUUAAGAUGGUGAUGAUUGGUAUAAAAUAUCUUCUGUAGAGUAUAGCUGUGUUUGGAAAGGAAGCAUUUCCUUUGCUGUUGAAGAAACUUGUCUUUUUCAUUUCUAACAAUUUACUUUAAGCUUUCUAAUGUGAAUUUCAUAGUUUUAGUACUUAUGGGAGUAUUAAGGCUGAGAGAAUAUUAAAGAGUGUUAGUGGAAAGCCAACUUACAAAUGGCUGUCUGGACCAUGGUCAAGAGAUUUGCUGUCUUUGGAGGCACUCUACCAUGCAUCCUCAGCAAAUUAUGGAUUCAGGUCUUUAUGGUGAAAUGGACUGCUUAUCAAAGGAAAACAAAUAUUUAAGGUAGUGAAGGAAUGAUUGUAAGCAAGUUACCUUGAGCAGGGAAAUAACGGAUAUUAGGGAAAUCAUAAAUCUGAUGAGACCCAAACUCUGUCAUGAAUGGGUCUUAAUUUAAAUGAUACUUUUUCUUUUCAGUUUAAGUAUUUGUUGAGUUUUUAACUUGAACAUAGAAUCUCUGUGCUACAGUAGUAAUGAAAAGUGAGAUGUUAAAUUAUAUACUAACAAAUUACAUUAAUUUUAAAUCAUAUAUAAAUUUAACUAACACUGCACGGCUCUAGAAAUUUAGGUUGUUGUUAUAAUUAAGUAUUGACAAUGAUGUUAAGCAUUUUAGUACAUAAAUUCUAAAUGUUAGUUUUAUAAGUUGUCUCACUAAUCCUGCUUUUCUUUUUGUAGUUGGGGAGGAAAAAGCCUUUUUAGAGCUCUUUGUGUACAGAGAGGUUACUAUAUAGAUGUUACUGUGCAUAAGUUGUACGCUGCUGAUAUCCAGAGAUCCUUAGCUUGGAUUGUCACAUACAUGAAAUACUACAAUUCUGACUAUUUUUAAUCAAGGGAGGGUGGUUUAUAUUAAUCCUUAGUAAAGGGAACUGCAUUUAGAGGGUGGUAGAAAAAAUUACUGUGCAGCUUAAGAGCUAAAAAGUACAAAACUGAUAAUUACUUGUUCUCCAUAAGGAAAUACAUUUAUGAAGUCUGCCUAUAGUAUAGGCAGCAUCCUGACUGUUCAGUAAACUUGAUUUGUUCCUGCUGGUAGAAUUGAGAAAGUCUUGAUUUCUGAUAGUUAUUAGUUCAAUUUCCUGGACAAGUUAAUAGUUAUAAAAUAACUGUUCUUGAAAAUUUAUUUCAACAGGAAUAUGUUUUUUUUUAAAUUGUUAUCUAAGAAACUUCAGUUUUCUUUUAAGGCCUACCAAUUCUGUGUUUCAAAGCAGUAACAGUCUCACGAAACACGGAUGGUGUGAAGUACAGCCAUUCACUAAUGUGCAUGGAAGCAUCUGGACUUUCUCAACCUGAGACUGGAAGUGUGGAUGGUGAACCACCAAAUACCUGCAUUUCUGAAUGCUGCAUGAGCUCAGAUCACCAUUGGUGGUUAGCAGUCUGCACAUCAACCUGUUUGGGUUUUUUUCUGGGAAAUCCUAUGCAUUUUUCUGAAUUGAAGUGGCAGUUGGUGGACCAUUUAUUACUCAUUCGUUCUUGGUGGAAAACUCGGCCUUGUAUGUCAUUUAGACUUUGUGACACGUGUAGCCUUCCAGGGCCUAAUGACUUGUGUGCAGAUGGGCUGUUAUUUAUUACAGUCAUGUAGAAUAAAAUUGAUUGUCUUCUAAAAUUAAUUUUUCAUUUGCCUCCAGCUCUGCUUUAAUAGAGGACACACAAUUGCCUGUUUGCAGAAAUACUGUUUAAUCACAUUAAUCUCAGCCCCCCAGGCCGGUGAAGAUAAUUGUACAAACGAACAGCAAAAUCUGUAUCUUUAACUUCUUUUUAUGAUUAAAUUAUGCAAAUGACUUAUCUCCUGCCCUUCCAAGCACUAAUCAUCUAAUUAGGAAUGAUGUGUUAAAGGGAUGGUUUUGAAUCAAGAGAAGGGGAGAAUGGAGGAAGCAGAAAAUGGAAUCUGACAAUGAAACUGUUGAAGGUACCAUAGUUGUGUAAGCCAAAUUUGUGUAUUUGUUCAAAAAGUAAUAAAGGAUAUUUCUACUAUUUGUAGGCUUGGUUUAGUGGCUUUUUAUGAUAAUUCUAUCCACUCUUUGUUGCUCAUAGUUUUCCACGUUAUUCUUAAAAUUCAAUUAUUGAGACUAAAGAAUUCAGUCAUUUUUUUAUGAGAACUGUAAGAGAAAAUACUAAGGUAGUGUGGUGGAACUGUGUUUUGUUUCAGUACUAUGAUUGGAAAGGAAAAACAUGUAUUUGUAAAUUGUUGUCUUUUAAGUAAAAGUGUUUGUCGUGUUACUACUGGAUGUCUUGAGUCUAACAAAUACUUCUAGUCACUGUUGUCUCUUAAAAUAUUCCAUUAUCUCUUAAAACGUUUAGAAAAAACGCCACCAAAAAAAAUACAAAUUAGAUUUAAAAGCUAUUAAAAUGCUUUUGUGUGUGUGUGUAGCUUUUGGAUGCUUCAGUGUUGAGAAUGACAGUUCUGACACUGCUUUUAUUUGUCUGAUAGAGACACAACUCCUAGUGGAAUGUUUACAUAAACAUAUUACAGGUGGGAAGGCUGCAUUUCCUUCUGUACCCCCCAGGAAUAUGACUGAAUUUUCUUGAUCAGUUUAUAUUUGUAGGUAUUUUCACUAUUAUCACCCCAAAAUUCUUCACAAAAGGAAAGAUGAGAAACCUUGAAGUUUUAUACAAAAUACUUCUAUUCUUAUUGUUAGAAUUAUGGGGAACUUGUUGGGAAGUCCUUUCUUUGGAUCAGGAGGUUCUCAUUUGAGUCUUAGCAGACAAAGCUCUCCUGGAGCUUACGGACAGUUUUCGUAUUAAUGUAGGAGAUUCUCUAAUACUUAAGGAGCAGAUAAUCCUAGACUGCAUUUUUUCAUUUAGAUUUGCUGGAUCCAGUGAUUUACCACCAUAGAGAUAACAAAAGAGGCCUUGUACUUAAUUGAUACUGUGUGAGAAAUCAGUGGAGAGAGCAGUGGACAAGUAUCCAGCUGAAUCUUCUAAACCUGGUGGCUCUUUCACUGGAGUGCUGUAGUAUGGUUAGGCUGUUAUACUGAGGUCAGGACAUCUUACAUGGGUAUCUACUGAGAUUUGUCAUAACAUCUGGUAUACAGCACUAUCUCUGGGAGCUAUUUUUAAAAUUUUAGUAUCAGCAAGGAAUCUAAAAAAUUCUGUCUUCAGUAACCUGAAUUUUCUCACUGCCACAUAGAAGAAAAUGGGAGAAAGGUGGUCUGCAAUAAGGGCUCAGAUAUCUGUCUGCUCUUCUUGUCCACGGAUGCUGAAGUCUUUGUUAUCCAAUUGGUCAUUCAGACAUUCUUAUCUCUGUGCUAGCCAGUUUUCUUUGAUUAAUGAUAUGUGACAAUAGAUGGUGGGUCUCAGCCCUGGAUUUCAGAUCAUUUGAAGUUAUUGGUCUGGCAAGAAGGUGGCCAAGAAAGAAUUAAUCCAUGUUAUUCUGUACAAUUCACAAAUGGAAGAUGUAGUAGUGGAGCUAUCUCAUGAUUUUUCUUUGUAUUUAUGGUUAGGAGUAUCAAAUCAUUUAAGUACAUUCCCUUGAGUUCCUCCUACCUGUUGGUUAACUGUAGGGUGUAGAUAGAGGUGUUAAUUCUCUGUGCUGAGAUAGGCUAUUAGAGUUUGUCACUCUCUGUCAUCCUUUAUAACACAGUGACCUACAGUAACACCUUUUCUAAUUGUGAGGCCUCCUACAUGUGAGCAUUUCUUUUGGCCAGUCUUAACCUGUCUGCAUUUUUAUAAAACUGCUUACUGCCUAUUCGUGGCAUAUUUUAAAGUGUAAAUACGAAUGUAUUUCAGCUAUUGGAUAUAAGAAUCGGUCCUACACUGAACAAUCAAAAGGAUUACAUGAAAGAAGAAGGGAGGAAGUAGUGUAAUGCUUGCUACUUCUUUCCUUCUUUUGUUUGGAUUUUUCUUCUCUUUUAUUAGAGCAUGGAAUAACACCAUCCUAAACUGGAUCGGUGCAGAAAAGUGGGACGCCUGAAGGUUGGUGUACAGUUUGCAAGAGUGAUAAAUGUUUUUAGGGGAGUGUCUGUUAUGUGGCUUUUAUUUUCAGUGUUCUGUUGCUCUUUUUUUUUGGUCUUCAUUAUAUGGCAGUGCUUCUGAGAUGAUGAGCAGUCUUUCCUAAAGUAGUAGUUUGCAAAUGGCUGUUUGUGGGGAGAGGGAAGUUCCAGCACAAAUUCUCUACCCUUUGAAAGGACUUUGGUUAUGUAUUGCUCGUACCUCCUGGAACGCUUACUCCCUUUGCAGGGGUUAUUCUUAGCCUGUGUGGGAUGCAUUGCCUUUAGCAGUGUACUGUCUUGAUGAGCAUACACUCCUGAAAAAAAUAUUUUAUAGAAACAUGAAUUACAGGAUUUUUCACAUGACCUUGGGACUUGUGCACUUACAGUGAUAUUCAGUACUGCUCACAAUUCUCAUACUAAUGGAGCCCCUGUUUUCAGUCGUUAAGGUAAAGGCUAUUUUAAUAUUAAUCAAACACAAAUUAAAAGUAUUCCUUAGAAAUAAUCUUGAGUAAGUUAUUCUAUUAGUCCACUAAUUUCAAGUUAGUUUAGAAAUCUAAAUGUAAUCCCUUCUGUGAUAUUGUUGUGGGUUGGGUUAAUUGAAUAGUUUUUGAAGAAGCAUCUAAUUCUGUCAUUGAGAAGAGAUUUGGGGUGAAGAUAGAGAAAUAAUAGAACAUUUGAGUAUUUACGGCUCAAAGUAUGCAACUGGAACCCUAACCCUGAUAUCCUAGGUAGUACAAUACGAAAUGGUCUUCAUAGUUCAUGUUCACACCAUUAUUUAGUUGAUGUAAAAGGACCAGUGUAACUUCACCCAUUUGGAUGACACUCCAGUUUGGUAUACUGAAAACAAUACAUUCUCAUGCAUUCCUCGGUAAUAGCAUGCACACUUCAAAUUGUUCUGGAAGCUAAUAGAUGAAAUGACUACACACAUGUUCUUAAUGUGGUGUUAAUAAAUUUCCAUAGCUUUACCAUUUCUUAAGUUAUAAUUUUGAGCUUCUCAGCUCAAAAGUUACCCAACUUCUACUUUUUAGUGACUCACAUUAAAAACGUCAACUUCACUUACCGUAGUGGUCUGUGACUCAGUGUUGUUCACGUUUUAGGAUGCAGCUGUGUGAAAAAGUAGUGGCAGAAUGGAGGAAAAAAUUCUCAGCAGUGGGAACUUGGAGGACAAGAUAAUGUGCACGUUAUCUUCAAACUGUGGAGGUUGUGUAUGGGUUACCGUUUGAAGUAGGAGUGUGUGUGUGCAUGUCCGUACAUAUAUUCUACCCAGUUAUUCUCUUUUUGGUCAUAUUUUACAUGUUUUAAGAAAUAGCCAUUAAAUUAAUUAGUGAAGUCUUAAGGUGAAGGUGGAAUUUCAAAACUGAAUGAACAUGCAUGUUCAUAGUGUGCCAGGAAUCAUCCUUCUUUCUGCAAUGUAUCUGUAUGGGAAUUGCUAAGUUGCAGCCUGAACCAAUGAUUGAGCACCUGGUGAAGGGACGCAGCCAGCCCUGGGAGCACAGGUGGAAGCAAUUGGCCUAUGUGACUGGAACCAGGUUCCGCCCCUCCCUAACCUCAUUUAAGGACUGGCUGCCACCAGGGAGGGAUCUCUACUUGGAGAUCUCUCUUUUGGAGUUUUUCAAGAGCCUUGAUCUGUGGGAUAGCUCACGGCCAGGAAGACCCCCAAAGCGUUCACUUGGAGUUGCGAUACAGGAAAACGCACGCCUUCUGCCCCAUGGAGUUCCAGGCCUCUUAUCACCAGGCCUUAUCUCUCCGACAGGUUUGACAGCAGCAGCCAUGGCAGAGGCUAUGAAGUUACAGAAGAUGAAACUUAUGGCAAUGAAUAGCCUCCAUGGAAGUGGAAGUCAAAAUGGAACAGAAUCAGAAAAUGAAGAACUUAAUUCUAACGCAGGUGGGAGUGAAUCCUCCUGGGAUAAAGACAAGCUUCAGUCUCCCAUUACAACAGGAUCACAGCACAGCAUUGGUCAUCCCACCCUGUCAGGACAGUCGAGCCUUGGAAGUGCACACCCACUCAGUCCUCUUCAGCAGAACCACCUGCUUACCAACAGGAUAGACCUGCCGUUUAUGAUGAUGCCCCACCCUCUGCUACCCGUCAGCCUACCUCCUGCUUCGGUUGCAAUGGCAAUGAAUCAGAUGAACCACCUCAAUACAAUAGCUAACAUGGCUGCAGCAGCCCAAAUGCACAGUCCUCUUUCCAGGGCAGGGGCCUCUGUUAUAAAGGAAAGGAUUCAAGACAGCCCUUCUCCAGCUCCAUCCCUAGAAGACAGUCAGCGGCCUGGGAGCCACGCUUCCUCUCAUCAGAGCAGCAGCGUGUCCAGCUCACCUUCCCAGCUAGACAACACACCAGACAGAAUUGCUAUGUUGACCAACAGCAGGGAAGGAGAGCUCAUUGAUCAAGAAACCGGGACAAGCCUAAAAAAAAUGCAAAAGGAGAAAGAAGAGGUCCAGAUUGCCAUUCCAAUAAUGAAACCAACCUUAGAUAAAGUCCAACUGGCUGGACAGGCCUUGCCUCCUGGAUUUCCAGCGCCAUUUCUUUUUGCUGAUGGUCUUUCAUCAGUUGAAACACUAUUAACCAACAUUCAGGGCCUGCUGAAAGUGGCUGUGGACAAUGCCAGAGUCCAGGAAAAGCAGAUACAGCAGGAAAAGAAAGAGUUAAAGAUGGAGCUUUGUAGAGAGAGAGAGCUCAGAGAGAGCUUGGAAAGGCAACUUACAGCUGAGCUGCAAAGCAGAGCAACAAUUCAGAAACGCUUGAAGAAAGAAAAAAAGGCGAAGAGAAAAUUGCAGGAGGCUUUGGAAUUUGAAUCCAAGAGAAGAGAACAAGUGGAACAGGCGCUUAAACAGGCCACAUCAGGUGACGGUCUCAGGAUGUUAAAUGAUGCUGGAAUCCCAGAUAUGGAAAUAGAACACAACGGAACCCAACAUGACAGUGCAGCAAUGCAAGAAAACAGAACAUACAUCAAACCUACCAUCAUGUACUGAAGGAAACACCUAUUGUUGAAAAAUGUAUAAUGAUCACUAUUUGAAGACUACAUAGUUCAUGAAAAAUGUCCCUUCCAACCUUUGAUGCCUUCAGUACUGUGUGAGGAACAGGAUUUGUAGCAUGAAACUUGAAGGACAAUUUCAAGCAAUUUACUGUUGCUGCAUCGAAAACUGCCGUAUUGUCAUUAAGAAAUAUUGAGACUUUUUACAAGCUUACCAUACCAAACCAAGCCUGUUGCAACAGAUCAUUUUUAGGUCCCCGGAGAUAGAAAGGAGUUUUAGUAUUUUUAAGCACAUACAGGAAUUAUUUCCCCUUCCCACCCCCAAAGAACUCUUUCUGUUUGUUUUUUUUUUUCCUAAGGAGGUAGCUAUUACUGUAUAGCAAUGGCACAAUGAUUUUAAGCCACAAAGGUCCUCACUGGCUGUACAUCAUACAAGUCCAGUUUAUCACUGAAACUGUUCAACAUGGAGCUGUUUCGAUUGUGUUUAUAAAUUAAGCUUUGUUUACUGAAGCAGAUACUCGAUAUAUAUUACGUUUUAAAAAGAAAUGUGUGUACAUUUUUUAAAAGAAUGAUGUAAAAAUUGUCCUUUCAUUAGAUGACCAAUUCAGAAGUGUGAGCUAAACCCCAAUAGCUGACGUAACAUGAGGAUUAUAAUUGAUGCUUUUUUAUGCUCAGUUCAGCUUGGCUUUUGGUCUUUUAAGAUGAAAAAAUGAAUAUGCAGUAGAGUGUUAGAUAAUGGAAACUUUUAAGUAUGGUUUCUCUGUUGUACCAUAUUAAGUUAAAGUACACAUUCUUUGUUAAAAAUGUUCUUGCUAAAAUACAGUAUUAAAAUUUUUUUGUUUGACUUUGGAAA